AUGCGUGGCGUGGACUUGAGACAUCUUUGGACGACGGGCGAGUACAGUGACUUGACGAUCAACGCUUCUGGUGUCAUCUUCAAGGUUCACCGGUGCGUCGUCUUCCCGCAGUGCGAGGCAUGGAAGAGUAUACCGGAAGAGAAUGGACAGCUGGUUCUCCAGGGUCCUAAGAUCACGCGAGCGAUACUCCAGUUCAUGUACUCCGGCACCUACACACCCACCAAGAUGCGCUGCCAGCUUGCGAAGCCCGUUCAAAUUGCUGAUGACAACUCCAAGACGGGCGAGUCCUCCGAGGCUGCUCAUGGUCCUCAUCACGCUCAUGAUUCGAAUGCUCUGAGCUAUGACGAUCACAGCAUGCUACUCUCGGCUUGCGUAAUGAUCAUGGCCAAAAAGUACAACAUGAAAGACCUUGAGAAUCAAGCGGAAAACGCGCUGGUCCUCAAAACUUACCAGGAUCAGAAAGGUCUUGAGAUUGUGUUGAAGAUAAUCAGGCCCGAAUUUUCCAAGAGCCUGGGAUUGCGCAGACGUUUACAGGCGGUCAUGAAGAUCUAUCCUCGUCUCGCAUUGGAGCUUCUCGAGCAGCUUGCAUCGGAACUCCAUGGGAUGGAGAAAGCCCGCCUAGCCAUCGCCCAGGGCCAACAGAAGACGAUGUCCAUGAGAGACGGUGCUCUUUCACCGAAGACGGCUGAUCAUCCGUCCUCGUCAAUCCCCCAGAAAGGUGUGUCGGCGCUCCCGCAUUUGCCUUGGAAUGCUACAAUCCCGAUUAACACAGCCAAAGGAGACCGGCUGGCGAAUGCCCAUCAAAGCGUAGCCACGACUGGCCCACCUGUCAUUCCCACUACCCUUACUGUGACCCCAUCGCUCAUGACCUCACUGUCUCAAUCUGGCACAGCCAUUCUGAAGCGCAAGAGCGAGGAUGGCUUGCUGAAUUCAGAAAAGAGACCCCGAUCCUACGCCAACUGA